CAGGGUUUUUCCUUUUCCCCAUUUAGCCUCCAUCCCCCUGCCCUAAAAUCACUCAAACACAAUCAUAACACAUAAUGGAGAAUGACAAGAAAACAACUGACAAUGAAGAAGAUUCUCAGGUAGUGAAUCCUUGGGAAGUGUCGUCAACCAAAAAGAUCGAUUAUGACAAAUUAAUCGAUCAAUUUGGUUGUCAAAGACUCGAUCAAUCUCAUGUUGACCGUGUUAAAGCUCUAACUAAUCGUCCCCCACAUGUUUUUCUUCGCCGAAACGUGUUUUUUGCUCAUAGGGACUUCAAUGAGAUAUUAGAUGCGUAUGAACGUGGUGAAAAAUUCUAUUUGUACACAGGCAGAGGCCCCUCUUCUGAAUCAUUGCAUCUGGGGCAUCUUGUUCCCUUCAUGUUUACAAAAUAUCUGCAGGAUGCUUUCAAAGUUCCGCUAGUCAUUCAACUAACGGACGAUGAAAAGUGCAUCUGGAAAAAUCUUACGGUGGAAGAAAGCAAGAGGCUUGCUCGAGAAAAUGCGAAAGAUAUUAUUGCAUGUGGAUUUGAUGUCUCAAGGACCUUUAUUUUUUCAGAUUUUAAUUUCGUAGGCGGGGCCUUCUAUGAGAACAUGAUUAGGGUUGGAAACUGUGUCACAUACAACAAGGUUGUUGGCAUAUUUGGUUUUACUGGUGAAGAUCAUAUCACGAAAGUUAGUUUCCCACCAGUGCAGGCUGUUCCAUCAUUCCCCAGUUCAUUUCCACACCUGUUUUCUGGAAAAGAUAAUCUCCGUUGCUUGAUUCCUUGUGCAAUCGAUCAGGACCCUUAUUUCAGGAUGACCCGGGAUGUUGCUCCUCGGUUAGGCUAUAACAAGCCUGCAUUAAUCGAAUCAUUAUUUUUUCCGGCCCUUCAGGGAGAGACAGGCAAAAUGUCCGCCAGUGAUGCUAAUUCAGCAAUAUACGUGACAGACACACAGAAAGAUAUCAAGAACAAGGUUAAUAAAUAUGCUUUCUCUGGGGGGCAAGAUUCUGUUGAGAAUCAUAGAAAGUAUGGAGCUAACCUUGAGGUGGAUAUUCCUUUUAAAUACCUCAGUUUCUUCUUGGAGGAUGAUGAGGAGCUUGAACAUAUCAGGACAGAAUAUGGUUCGGGACGUAUGUUAACAGGUGAAAUUAAGAAGAAACUAAUUGAUGUAUUAAGCGAAAUUGUUGAAAGACAUCGUACGGCUAGGGCGGCAGUAACCGAGGAGAUGGUUGAUGCUUUUAUGGCAGUAAGACCGAUGCCUAAUAUGUUUAACUGAGUACGCUUCUCGUCACACAUGAUUCAAAGCUUACUGAAUUUUUAUCAUAGAAUCUUGAAAUUUAAACCGAGUUUUGCUGAUUUUGUAAGACAGCUUAGUCUUCUGUAACUUUGUGGUUCCAAAAUCCAAAUAGCAGAAAUGGAACUGGUGCUGGGAAACCUCAGGAAUAUAUGGAUAUUUGGAUUUAAUUUAGUUUUAUAGUUUCUUGUAUGAAA